CCUUGUGUCGGAGCCAGUGUUUCCUGAAGGGUUUGUUGUGAUUUGCCUGGAUACGGUGCUUGAUCCUGCGACGCUGCAGCGCUGCAGAUGAUCACAGAAAAUCCCUUCGACAUCACAUUAAAAGAGUGAUAAUGCUGGACGAGAGCGCAGAGCUGUCUGUCUCUAUAACGCAGAUUGUUCAGCGGCUCAAAGGGACUCAUUUACACUCUCAGCUGGAGAAACAGGCUAAAGAAUGUUUGCACAAACCUGAAAUUAAACUGGAAACGCUGAAAGAUGACGUGAGAAGAUUGUUAAAGGCAUCAGGUUGGGAGAGAAAAUUACAAAAUGCCGUUUACAGGGAAUUACACAUUCUGCCUCCCCCUAGGCACCCUAGAGCACCUCCCGAACACACCAAAGAGCCCUUGGCAUAUAUGCGCAAAGCCCAGGUGAACUGGGAGAAGCGGAUCCUGAAGAGUUUGAACAGUAUGUGCACUGAGUUGGGAAUUCCGUUGGCACGGAAGCGGCCAGUCCCAGAGCAGAACGAGCUGACAAAUAAAUGGAACGAGAUGGGAACUGAUGAACCAGACCUAAGCAAAUUCAGGCCUGUCUACGCACCCAAAGACUUCCUUGAGGUGUUGGUUGGUUUAAAAAACCCAAAUAACGAGCGCAGUGAAGAUCUCACAGUCAGAAGCCACUGGGGAUUAAUCCAGGUUUCCCUCAACGUCCGUGACAUUCCUCAAACUAGGGAAAUGUAUCCAGAACUAGGUCUUACUUAUGGACAGCUUGGUAUAGAUGAUCACACACAUGUUCCUCCAGAUUUGUUUGAGAGUGAGCACAUUCACAUUGGAAAAAAAGUGGUGAGCGAGCAUGACAGUGCAGCGGCGCAGCAGUACAGCAGGCAGGGCUGCCCCACCGGUCUCAGGGCCCAGCUGUGGUCUCUCAUCCUGAAUACUACUGAUGAUCCUGAGGCCAUAACACAUUAUGAACAGCUGAAGGCUAGAGUCAUACACCAUGACCUGCUUGUGGACAACCUAAUAUAUAAGGAUGUGAAGCUUACUGCAAGUAAUGAUGAUUACUACUUUGUGUUUGAGGACUAUUUAUAUCAAGUCUUGCUGUGUUUUUCUCGAGACACUGCAGUCCUGGAGCAUUUCAACUACAACUGUGCUACACCGCCUAAAUCUUGCAUCCAAAGCAAGUCUGGCUCGGAGCAGUGUGCUGUGGUUUACCCCCCGAAUGGUGUCAUUCCAUUUCAUGGCUUCUCAAUGUAUGUUGCACCGCUGUGUUUCUUAUAUAAUGAGCCUUCGAAGCUGUACAGCGUAUUUAGAGAGAUGUAUAUUCGCUACUUCUUCAGACUACACUCUGUCUCCUCACAUCCAUCUGGUAUAGUGUCUUUGUGCUUGCAGUUUGAGAGAUUACUGCAGACUCAUCUUCCCCAGCUUUUCUACCAUCUACGAGAGAUUGGAGCCCAGCCGUUGCGUAUUGCCUUUAAGUGGAUAGUCCGGGCCUUCUCAGGAUACCUGUCCACUGACCAGCUCCUAUUGUUAUGGGACCGUAUCCUAGGAUAUGAUUCCUUAGAGAUAGUAGCAGUCCUGGCCGCUGCUGUCUUUGCCUUCCGAGCCGAAAACCUAAUGGAAGUGACAUCACUGGCAUCAGCUGAGGCUGUUCUUGCAGACCUCUCAACCCUGAAGGUGAUGCCCUUGCUGCAGAUCUUCCUCUUCGCCACCUCCGUCUGAGAAGCCUUUGUCUGUUUUGAUGGCUGGAUGUUCCAGUCAAUUUUCAUUUCAUAUUGACUUUAAAGGGAUAGUUUACCCAAAAAUGAAAAUUUACUCACCCUCAUGUCAUUCCAAUGACAUUUGUAUAACAUUAGUAUGUUAGUAUGACUUUCUGUCUUUGGCUGUGAAGCGACUUCAUUUUUAACCUGAUGUAACAGAUUCCUCUUAUUUAGCAACCCCUAACUUCUUGCACCAUUCUGGAUCUGCAUGUAACUGCCUCUCAAGAUUCAGUGAAUUCCAAAUGUAUCAAUUUAAGUCCCACACUGCUUUUUCCUUUUUCACAGAGAAAUGCAUUCAAUAACAGGAGUACGAUGAACUGCAGACGCCCCGCUUCAGGUUGGGCUGACUAUAAGAUUUCCAGUGAACUGCAGUAGUGACACAAGGGAAAAAGACUAGACAUGGAACAGAAUAAUUUAUGAUUUACGUAUAUGCUAUCAUACAAAAAUAAACAUCAUAUAUACAUAUAUACCCGCAUAUAUACACAUAUAUGAAUAUAUGUAUUGAUGAGCCAUUACAUUAUGACCACCUAACCUGUAGGACCUCCUUUAGCCCACAAAACAGUUGCCACAUGGCGAGGCCAUAGGUCUCCUGGGGUAUCUGGUACCAUAAUGUCAACAGAAAGUCCUCCAGUUCCUGUACAUUACGGGAUGGUGGUGAUGUAGCGUGAACGCGCUUUUCCAAGUUCAACCACUGAUGUUUGACUGGGUGAAUGUUUCGGAGGCCAAGGCAUUAACAGAAAUUCACCAUCAUGUUCCUCAAACUACUCCUUGGCUAUUCUGACAGUGUGGCAUGCCGCAUUAUCCUGUUGAUGAUUACCAUCACCGGCAGGUUGCUGUGAAUACAUGUGCUUGGUUUGCAUCAAUGUUCAGAUACCUGACAGGAAUUGUGCUGUUGGGAUAAUAGGGCCUGAAGUGGCCCAAGAAAACAUCGCCCACAGCAUAACACCACCAUCGCUAGCCUGUAUCCACCAAACAGUGCAUCCAGGUGCCAUAGCCAGUGAUGGUAAUCGACGUAUCAAGCCUUGGCCGUCGAUGUGAUGCACCAGGAAUCUUGAUUCAUCAGACCAGGCCACUUUCUUCCAUUUUGCCCAGUUCAUGCACUGUUGGCCAUUCCGUGCAGUUAGCAUGAGGCCGCGGCUGGGUCAUGGGCUGUUCAGGCCCACACGCAGAAGGCUGCAAUGAACUGUGUGCUGUGACACAUUGCCCUGGUCACCUCUGUUGUAGCUGCUGGUGAUUUGUCGCACUGUGGCCCUGUGGUCACUGUGAACAAUGCGCAAAUGUUUCCAGUGAGCUGCAGACGACUGUUCACUGUUUGGCCAUUUGUGCACCACUUUUGAUACAUACUAUAAUGGCACGUGAACAACCCACAAGGUUUCCAAGAUUGAUUGUGUGGUUAUCAUUAUGGUUAUCAGUGCUUAUUGCUCUAGGCUGAGGGUGGUCAUAAUGUAGUGGCUCAUUGGUGUGUGUGUGUGUGCGUGUGUGUGUGUGUGUAUAUAUACAUAUAUAUAUACAUAUAUAUACAUACAUACAUACAUACAUAUAUAUGGAAUGUCAUGACUGUUGAUGCCAUAUUAUCACUGCAAACCUAAUAGAAUACUGUAUGUAACUCAGUGUUGUUAUUGAAAACUAAAACUAUUGGAACCCAAACUCAAAUGAAAAUUAGAACUGUUGCCUUUGCAACUAACUAAAACGAAGUGCUAAAACGGAAAUCAAUAAAUAGAAAUAAAAAUAAAAAUGACAAAAUCACAUAAAUUCAGUAAAUCUUAAACUAAAAUAAAAAUAUUAAAUCUGAAAUAUAUAAUACAAUUCCAAAAAAAUAAAUACAUGAAUAUAAUAGAAUAUAAACAAUAUUAAUAUAAUGUUACUCUUAUACAAUAUAAUAUCUUAGAAUGGCAUAUUAGCCACAAUCCUAAAUAUCAGGACAGUUAAAAAAAUGAUAAUGAGGUUCAUUCUGUAGGAUAUAUUAUAUGUUAAUGGUAGAAUUUUUACUAGAAACAACAUUUGUAAUUGCGGUGUAAGUUUUAAAGAUGCCCGGAUAAGGCCUUGUAAGGAUCUUAGGCAUAAGUUUUAGAAUGAUAAUAGAUGUCAUCUACUUCAGUUAGGAAACUCUAGUUAGCCCUUUGGCUUAGUGUCAGUGAAUUUGGAUUAGAACACUUAUCAAACUUGAACAUAAGUGCAAUUUCCAUAGAUAACAGAAGCAGCACUGAUGGAGAUGUGUAUUUGCCUUUCAUAUUUGCAUAAUGGCUGUUUUGUGUGACUAUUAAUGAACUCAGAUCUCAUUACACUCCCUGAGAUCAUCAAAAAAUGUUAUUGAUGGAUUUGAAAGGGAAAUGCAGGUAAUUUUGAAGUCAUACACCAAAUGAAUUGUGUGUUUUUUUUUUGUCUGUGUCUUUUGUCUGUCUGUAUCAUCUGUUUGUUUUGAGAAUGGGGGCACUUUACACAUCUCUGCAGGUGCAAUAAUGUAACAUACAUUUUAUGCAAAAUGCAAUUAAUCAAUGUUUAUUAUUUUUUGACUGCUAAAAUAUUUGUUUUUACACUAACAUCAUUUGUUUAUAGGUUGCUUCUGUUCUUGACAGUAGCUAUUAUUUAUUUAGAAAAAAAUUUUUUGAUGCAAAAAUGCAUGUGAAAUAUUGCCUAAAUUACAUUUGAAAUUACAUUAAUUCGUUAUUCAUUCAACAAUAGCUGUACAUUCUAAACAUAAUUUUAUGUUGUUAAGUGCAACUGUUACAUUGCCCUACAUGAAUGUCUACAUUUUUGUUUAAACAACCAUAAAUAU